CCGUCCGAUCUUUUUUCACUUAAACCGUGAUAAAAUAAAUAAUCCCCUUCUCCUCAACUUGUUUUUACCACCGCUUUGGACCUAAAAAACUUGUUCUUGUUUCAAUUUCCUCCAAAAUCCCAGAUUUUUUUUCUCUCGAUUUCUCUUUUUCCCUCAUUUAUUAAAAAAAAAAAAACACUUCUAACAACUUCUCUGCUCCGAAGAAGGAAUUAUUAAUCUUAGAGGUAUCUUUCUAAUUGCCAGUUUCUCUUUAAUUUUUUUUGUCCUUUGACUUUCUGGGUUUUGGUUGGAUCUUGCACACCUUCAAUUAAUUGGAUAUAUUCUGAUUUUUUUUAUUUUACGUGCCUUAGUUUGAUUUAAACAGUUUGGGAUUUCAGUUUUUAGGAUUUGUUAGAUUUGGGCAUCUUUGAUUAACGAUAAGGUGAGAUUCUGGGUUAAAUUCUUUUGGGCCUUUAAAUCAGGGGAUUUAGGUUUAAACCAUUGAAUUAAUAGUUUUAGUUGAAUAUUUCAUUCAUUUUAUGGCAUUUGAAUGCCCAGAAAGCACCCAGGUUUUUAAGAAUUUAGCAAAAUUUUCUGAAUCAAGUGAUUUUACGUCAAACCCCGUAACUGAAAAUUUGGAAGCUUCAAAACCGGCAUUGGAUUGUAAUCCUAAGAAGGGCAGUAUUUCAAGUUUUUGUGGUUCAAAACAGUUACCUCCUAAUGAUUUUUUUCCGAAUGUCCAACGGUCUAUCACUGAUCUUCCACCAGCCUUAAUGUCAGAAAUUUUGAAUUGUCUUGACCCUAAAGAGCUUGGUAUAGUGUCUUGUGUGUCGACAACUCUCCGUAAUAUGGCAUCCGAGCAUCACGUUUGGAAGGAGUUUUAUUUUGAGAGAUGGGGGUUACCGAUUGCCUCAGCACCUUUGGGUGCAGGGUUUUCAGACAGUAAGUCAUGGAAGGAAUUGUUUGUGCAGAGGGAAUAUAGGAGCAAGACUUUUUUAGGAAGGUAUAGCAUUGAUGUUUUAUAUGGUCAUACUGAAGCUGUCCGAACUGUGUUUUUAUUGGCUUCUGUCAAGCUCAUUUUUACUGCUGGAUAUGACUCUGUUGUACGAAUGUGGGAUAUGGAAGAGGGGUUGUCAAUUGCAUCAUCACGACCCUUUGGUUGUACUAUUAGGGCAGUUGCAGCAGAUACUAAACUAUUGGUUGUUGGGGGUACUGAUGGCUUUAUCCAUUGUUGGAGGGCGGUUGAGAGUCUUCAGCACUUGUUUGACCUUAAGGGUGUUGAGAAACAGAACACUGAGUUUCGACUUUGGGAACAUGAGGGGCCAAUAACUUCUCUUGCUUUGGACCUUACUAGGAUAUAUAGUGGUUCUUGGGACAUGACAGUUCGUGUCUGGGAUCGGUCAUUGCUGAAGUGCACACAGGUAUUGAGGCAUGGUGAUUGGGUUUGGGGCCUUGUACCUCAUGACACAACUGUUGCGAGCACAUCAGGUUCAGAUGUUUUUGUUUGGGAGACUAAUAGUGGGACUCUAUUAAAUGUUAUUCAUAAUGCUCAUGUUGGUAAUACUUAUGCCUUGGCGCGGAGCCGCACUGGAGACUUCCUUUUUACUGGUGGAGAAGAUGGCGCAAUACACAUGUUUGAGAUCAUAAGUGAGCGUAAAGUACCUAGCAUUGUGCAGGUUGCAACAUGGAUUCCUCACUCAGGUGCUGUUUAUUCCCUUGCAUUUGAGUUUCCCUGGCUUGUUUCAGCUUCCAGCGAUGGGAAACUUGCACUAAUUGAUGUUCGAAAGUUGUUGAAGGCUAGUAGGCGUUCUUUUGGGAAAAGGGUUUCAAGGGAUAAAGACAUUGACCAAAAUAAUUUAGAGCCCCCUCAGAGAAUGCUGCAUGGAUUUGGGUGCAAUUUAUUCUCAGUUGGUAUUGGAGCAGAUCGAAUUGUCUGUGGUGGAGAGGAAGGUGUUGUUCGAAUUUGGAACUUCUCAGAAGCUUUAGAAAUUGAGCAGAGGGCCCGUGCUCAGAGAGGAAUACGCUUGGAGAAUAGGAUGAGGCGGCGUAGACUUCAAAUUGAGAUGAAUAGUAAGGGUGGCCGAACUGAUCAAUGUUCUGUUGCUGCCAAAAAGAACCCUGUGAAUGGUGAUAGGAGUGGUGUCUGGCACAGUAAACGUAGCAUAAGCUCAAAGGUGAAGACAUAACAACUGUCAGCUGAUAAUACAUACUUAUGCCUCUAGGCGUCCAACAUAAUUCUUCUUAGUUCUAUUAUGACAAAUUUAUACACUAUCUUUCUGACCGUAUCAUAACAAUAGUCUUCUAUUUCAGUUAUAGCCUUGGAUUUUAAUCUCAUUUAUAUGAUCUUGCAUUUCAAUCUUUUUUGCAUGAGUGCUGGAUAUUGAAGCACUGUUCUGAUGAUAUUUUUUAUGGCUGGGCCUUAUUGUUAUUGUGGCUUUGAUAGGGAAGAUGUAGUUAUUUGUUAUUGGCAUUUUAUCAAAAAUAUUGCUUUACAUGCCUGGAGUUUUUAUUAAUCCAUGAAUAUUUCUCAAAAAGCAGUCAUGGGUACAUUUUUCAUGCAUGAAAAUUAGACGUAAUGCGAUAAUGAAUUCUUUGAGGCGGGAAAACAUGCAAUAAUCAUUCUGUCUUCCGCUGAAUCCUACUAAAAGCGAGCUUUUUCAUGCUAUCAUCUCCAAUACAUAAUUAGAGCAAAUCCAGUCCGCUACU